AUGCAGAAGCUGGGCUACAAGGAGACACCGAGCAAAGAUGAGAAGACCCAUACUAGCAGUGAUGAGACGUCUAAUCUCGUUGGAAGUUCGGACACUUAUAAAGCUGCAAGCAGUUACGAAGGUAAUAACGCUCAAUCCGGAAUAUACCCUGCCCCCAGCGUAUCCCUAUCGUCUCGUGGAACCGGGUCUUGCAAAUGGUCUUUUAUUUUCAUGAUUGGUAUCAACAAGUGGCCAGGCAUCGAACCAUACAGAAUUAAGUAG